AUGGACUAAAAGAGUCGUCAAAUAUAAAUUUCUUUGUAUUAUCCAUAAACGAUGUUGGAUGUCUGCUAACUGCCAUUAUGUUCGGCAUUUUCAUUAACCCGCUGCUGACUGGCAUGAAAGAUCUGCCCCUGGAUCCAUUGGCUGUUGGCUAUAUUGUCGCAGCCUGGCCUAGAGCUUUUUUCUCUAAGAUAACUUGCUUCAUUACAGUGUACAUUACUACUGAGAGAUGCCUUUGUGUCAUGUCCCCUCUCAAAGUCAGACAAAUCUUAAGUCCAGUAAGAACUGUCAUUACAUUGAGCUUGCUCUACGUGGCCAUGACCUUGAUACACUUCAUUCGUUUCUACAUGGGGAACCUCUUUCUGACCUACUACACUGACAGAGCACUUAACAGAACAGUGCUAAGCGUUGGAGUCAACGUCAAAUAUAGCAUGGCAGACGUCAUUUCCGGAACUGCUAACACCGUGGCGUUCUUCAUCCCGUUUAUCACUUCCAUCCUGGCAACCUUGCUCCUGACUCUCGAGCUUCAGCAGAAAUCUAAAUGGCGCAAAGCGGUUGGCGCUUCCGGUGUCUCGAACGCGACGGCGCUAUCCAGACGUGACCAAUCAGUGAGCAAGGCCAUUGUCCUGCUCUCGACAGUUCUCAUUGUCAGCUACAUUCCAAACACGGUCAACUGUAUCAUCCCGACCUUGCUGGACGGCUUCAAGUUGUACGGGAGGUACAACAAUGUCUACGUGGUGAUGUGGUCUCUGGCCUUCGUGUUUGAGAGCAUCAACUCCAGCACCAGCUUCAUCAUCUACUAUUCCAUGAGUACCAAAUACAGGCAGACGUUUGAUUCCAUGUUUCGGAGAUGUAGAAGAAAGAGCCGGAACCUACCCUCAUUAAGAGAAGGAAUUCUCUCUACGUUAACACAGAAAGUCUAAGACGUAAUAAAAAAUAAUAAUUUCAACUUGGAAUUGUGUAAAAUUUGUGUGUGUUAUAAAUUGCAUUUGUUUAAGACUCAAAUUCAUGCCUAUUGUAUGAUCAGUACACUACGUUCCAAUUUCUUUUUAGGACUUGUGGUUGAGGGGUUUACUGGACGAAUGUUUCCGUGCUUCCUCUAUGUAAUACCCCUUUGUGGUGAUUUAACAAAAGGAAAUCUAUUAAUUAAGU